AUGGCGGCUGUGUGCAGUAAAGAAUGUGGCAGUGGUUUUUGCGUCCAGCCAGACAGAUGCAAGUGUCCUGCUGGGUGGACGGGGAAAGACUGCAAGACAGAUAUAGACGAAUGUAAGUCUGGUGAGCAUGGCUGCUCCCACAAAUGCGUCAACACAGAAGGCAGUUUUUCAUGUACCUGCAGUGAUGGAUUUUCUCUUGGUGCGGAUGGAAAAUCCUGUGAAUUUUGUUUGUCAUGCUCCAAAGAAUAUAAAUUGUUGGAUAAAAAACUCCAAAAACUUUCUUCUGAAGUGGAGAAUCUUCAACAAGAAAAUAAAGCGCUGAAAAGUGACUUGAAAGCAAUUCUUCACAAUGCUACAAAAGUGGACUUAGAUCCCAUCGGAUUAAAGGAAUUCUUAACACCAGAAACUUCGUCAACGAAACCGACAACGAAAGAAGCCGCUGCAACAGUGGUGAUCACAACCGGCAAACUGCCGCCUGUCGCAACUACCACAAUGCAACCAACACGUUCUCCACAAGAGUCCGAGGUCUCCUUUAUAUUUUCUAACCUCAAAGACAUGAAGACGGAGAUGGAGACCAGGUUUUACUCGAUGAGUGCUCAGCUUUCUGUGCUUGAAGAAAGACUAUCAGACUGUAAGUCGUUUCUUUUCGUUGUAUGA